GUCAAUUCACUCUAGCGUCGAGCUUGGCUCAAGUGUUUGGGUAAAAAAGCAGAAAAGUAUUGAACGUAAAAAGGUAAGAAAGUAAAAAGUUCGCAAUGUCUACGCCUCCGGUAAAGAGAAGCCGAAAAGUGAUGAAUCGGGCGAAUAAGAUGCUAGCGGUCUUACAUUCGGAGGUCCGCCAGCAAAACCGGGAUGAGGAAGUGCCGGGACCGAGCCGGAUUGUGCCUCGACUCAUUGAUUCAACUAUCCAGGGUGAAAAUCAACCCCAGGAGAUGGAAGAUUCUUCGCAGCUGGCUAAUCUCACCGACGCAGCAUUCGGCGAAAAUAGUUUUAAUAUUUUUGGUGGUGGUUCAGAAGGGGAUUUAGUUGUAGAAGAAUUAGAUGACAGUAGUACGGUAGAGCAAGGUGGUGGGAUAAUAGAUUUAGAAGAUAUUUUCAGAAAAUGGACCGCUCUACCGCUUCCCAAGGACUCGCGUACGUUGUUGAAAACAUCAACAACCAUCGGCCAGGAGAUACGAACCGUACCAGGAGGAGAGUUUUGGUACAAAGGAAUUGAAAAUAAGCUCAACAGUUACUUUCAGUAAGUAUUUGUAAGACGAUGAAAAAUAAUAUAUCUUUAAUUAUGUAUUUAUCUUAUUAUAUUUUAGGUCAAAAGCUUCGUCAACACAUAUUAUUUCCAUUCAGCUUUCCAUAGAUGGGCUUCCUCUUCAUAGAGGGGGACCAAUGCAAGUUUGGCCCAUCUUAAUGAAAGUUGAACAGAUGCCCAAUGCUCCGAUUAUGAUGAUCGGAAUGUUCUGUGGGCCGGCGAAACCUGAAAGUUUGGAAGUUUUCCUGAGGCCGUUGGUAGAAGAGGGCAAACAAAUCCAUGAAAGAGGAUUGCAUAUUGGUGAGGAAGUACGGCAAUUAAAAAUUCGCGCUAUAAUUGCAGAUUCACCUGCGCGGGCUUUCAUAAAAGCAACAACCUACUUUAACGGAUACCAUGGCUGUAUGAGAUGUACCUGUGUGGGAGUAUAUGUGGCAAACAAAAUAAUUUUCGACACAGUUGGUGCUCCCCUAAGAACUGAUACAGGAUUUCGAGCGAGGGAAUGUCCUGGCCAUCAUCAAGCAUGGCGGACUCCGUUAGAAGAAUUACCGGAUUUCGACUUGGUUGAAAACGUACCUACGAGUGAUCGCCUUCAUACAUGUGAUCUAGGGGUUACUCGCCAACAUUUGUUGAAUUUAAUUGAAAAUAAGUUUCGUAUAAUUAGAUUAUCUUUUGCAGCAAAACAGUGGAUAACAAAAUUCCUAACCAAAGUGCAGCUUCCCUCUGAGAUUCAUCGUAAACUCAGAGGGUUGAAUGCAAUCCGUUUUUGGAAGGGUACAGAAUUUCGCACGUACUUGCACUACGUCAGUCCAGUGCUGAUGGAGAAAAUUUUAGCGGGGAAGCAUAUUGUCAUUUUUUGCUGUACUUUUGUGCCCUGACAAUAUUUUCUUCUUCAUUUCAUCGACGUCAUUGGGAACUUGCAGCUGGUUUUUUAAAUUCUUUUGUUAAAAAAUUUGGGGAGAUUUAUGGUCGGGAGCAUCUUUCUAGUAACGUCCAUAAUCUACAACACAUUGCACAGGAUGUUUAUCAGUACGGGCCUCUAGAUGAAUUUUCAACGUACUGCUUUGAAAAUCACCUGCAACUCAUUAAACGAUCAGUUCGAUCAGGCUUUCGGUGCGGUGUUCAAGUGGCGACACGCGCAGAAGAACGAUCUGCUAUUGAAGUCGCAAGUACAAGCUCAAAUCGUCGCUACCCUCGCUUUACUACAAAAGGCAAAGGAUUUUUUUUAUCCUCUGAUUUUGUUUUGCACCCAUUACCCAGAGACGAAUGGUUUCU